AUGGCUGCUUCCUACUACUCAGGCAGAAACUUGCCCCCUCUGCGGCCCAACUGUGAUGCUAAUGUCCAGAUCGCCUUUGGAGAGGGUAACUGGGCCAAGGCCAUUACUUUGGCUAAACAACAGUUCAAGCGGUCACAAGAUCCGUAUUACGAGGCUGUCGAGUUGGCUGCUAGAUCUGAGCUGGAUACAGCCGCCGACAAGGUUGCCGCCUUCGUAGCCCUUGAGAAGAUAGUCAAGGAGAAGAAGCCUGUCAAGGACCAUUGGACCAUCGAAUUAUUCGAGUGGGCAACCUCGCACAUCGAGAAGGACUAUUCAGAGUACAUUGGCACACUGAGAGUCAACUUUGUCAAGGAAUUUUGGAAGCCGGAUGUGGACAAGGCUGGAAUCGCCAUCCGCUCGUACUGGUCUUGUGCGAUCAACGAUGACUGGGAGAGUGCUCAAGCCAUUGCUGCCACGGUGGACAAGAAAUUUCCCAAUGAGUCUCGCCAUUUGUUCUACAACAUCCUUGCAUAUCAUGUUCUCUCCGUAAGUCUGACUGUUUCUAGACCAACCUCCCGGCCGACCACCCCAAGCGACAAUUAUCACGCCGCCUUGCUGCGGAACCCUGCCUCUUCCGACUAUCCGCCACGCGCGAUCACCAGCGAGGAAGAGCUUCUCCUCUGGAUUCGUGUUCAAGUUGCCUCCGUCGACAAUGACGACAGUCUUGUCGAUCUCCUGAAGAAGCCAGAGUUCGAUGCUCUAAAGCGCCUUUCGGAAGGCUUCGGCUUCGUGUUCAAGGAGAUUAUGCACCUUCUUUCACAUUGCGAGGCCUGGCGUGAAGUCUUCGAUAUUGGACAGAAGCUUUUUGAUCGAGCUCUUGCUUACAUAACGGAGUCGGCAGCAUUUCAAAGUGCUGUCAUGGAUGGAUCGCUCUGGAUGUAUUUCAUCGGUGCUGCCAGCAAACUCGAUGAUAGCAAGAAAGCUCUCAAGCAACUGCGAGGCUUCAUCGAAAAGGUGUCCAAAGUGACCAAGGUUAAUGCCCUCUUCAGGCACCACAUGGAGAUCUCCAACCUCAUCAUUCUUUUCAACAGAUACCGUUCCUCCGCCGUGAACGAGUCAACAGAUGAUCAAAGCACGCGUGUCAACCAUCUAUAUACAUAUAUUGUAUCGUACCAUAGUCAGGUGUCCUGCUUUGAUUCUAUCAAGCCUUUUCUGGAACAGCUUCGUUUCGAUGAGGUUCAGUUCUUGUUGAGCCGUUUGGAACAAGAAGGUGCCGAGGAAAAGAAUGAUCUAUUCAAGAACACUGCAAUCUUGACGCUACGCCUCAAAAUACGAUACCUGAUGACCACUUCCAACGUAUCCAUCAAUGAGAAAGGAACAAACGCUCACCCCAGUUGCAAGUUCUGCAAGACUGAUAUUAAGGAGAAUUCUUGCAAUGUUUGCCUCCAAUCAAUAGCCAAGGCCAGCGCCUGGCUCUACAACCAGAAUUGCGACAAUCAUGGUCUUCGAGUACGCAUUAACGACAUGGAAGACGUGGACCCCUUUGGAGACCUUGCCAUUGUCGGCACCACCUGUCUGCUCAAGCUUUCCGGCCUUGAAAGCGGACGCCGAAGCGUGGGCAUCUCUUCUGAGACCGCAAUCGAUUUGAGGCUACUCAUGCGGGCCAUUGCUUGGAUGGAGCGUCAUCACAACCGUGGUACCCAAAAGGGACAGGCAAUCACUCUUUUCUUGGCAAAGCUUUACUUGCUGAUUGGCUGUGUCCCUCAAGCCCACACGCUUUGGAGAACUUUGGAGGUGAAGAAUGUAACACUCGACUCUCUUGGCCCUCUCUUCACGGAUCGGCUAUCGACCAUUGCUCCAGGAAUGUGGCGCGCUGGUGCCCCGACGCCCAUGACUCAGUUCCAUCGAUACUUUAAGGACGCUAUCGUGCGACACAUUCCUACACAGCUUCGAACGGCGCUCGAGAACGGUAACUACGUAAGCGUCCUGGGCUUGAAGGACAGCCGUGACCGUCUUUGCAACAGCUGCACAAUGAUUAUGACCAAUGUUGAAGACCGCCGUGGUCUCAGAGCGAUCGGCAGCAAGUAUACUUACGAUACCAAUGACGACCCCCUGCUGCGCCUGAUCAAGGAAGAUAAGAGGUUUGAGGUUGCCACGGAUUAUGCUGCCCUCCCCGAUCUGGAACGGGCACCUGCCAGCUUGGCCGAGCUCAUUAGCAUCGGCCCCCGUCUUUCGGAAUCUCGUGCAAAGUUGUCGCUGUAUGCUGAGUACUUCCUUUCCUUGGUUUCAUUUCGGGAAAGCAAGGAGUACAAGCCUGCAAAGCCAGGAUUGAUUGCCGAUAAAGACCGCAACUCGGUUGCAGAGGAUUCGACCAAGAUUAGAGACAAGUUUGAAGACCCGCUGGAACUUUCUCUCCAGGCAUCCUGCUCGCCUAGCGAGAGGUUGAUUGUCACUAGCGACGAGUACUCUUACUUCACCACCAUCCAGAAUCUGGCCGAUUUGGUUGCUCUUGGCACCGCUGCUAAGACCUGGACUAAGAGCUCGCAACGGCCGAACGGUGUUUGGAGUGCGGUCCAGAUCAUUGUUGUUGAGCUCCAGGACCAGCAGGACGGCUUCAUGGAGACACGCGCCCGCAUCCCGGCCGACGUUUCCGUUCUUGGACAAUUCGUGUCCCUGCACUCUCUGGGCAUGCUGCGAGAGUCCAUCAUCGCUGUGAAGCUGACAGUUAACUACUUGGAGCGCGUCAUCGCAGCCUCCAAGGAUGCCCCCAAAUGGCUGUCCGAAGACUGCAAGAAUCUGAAUGAGAAAGCCGCCCAAUUCUCUGCUGUUGUGAAGCAACAGAUCAAGGCUCUCAACGACGCCGCCAAUGCUCCCGGCUGGCUUGACCGCAUUGCUCAAUUUACCUUUGGAGAUUUGGCUUCUGGAGAUCGAGUCGUGGACGAGACAGCCAAGGAUUCUGAGAGCUCCGACUUGGACAGUGUCCUGUUCACGGCCUGUGGUGGCCAGGUUGGCCUCGAACACUCCAUUGGUGAGAUCCAGGAGAGCUGGCGCGAAGUUGCCAAGGGAUGGAACACUGUCAAGCUUGACUAA